AAGCACAGCAGCAGCCCGUUUUCGCAUUUCCCAAGAUUCUCUGCAAAAUCUUUAUAUAAUUGCCCCUAAAACCCCAUUUUUUACAUACCCAUUUCUUCUUCUUCAAUAUCUUGCUCUGUGAUCAUCUGUACUCAUCUAGUAGAACCCUUUUAGCUUCUCUUUGUUUUGUUUUUUUUGGGUCAAUUUAGUCAUGGGAGGAGGAGAUCACGGCGGCAAAUCGGAUAUCUCAUUCGCCGGAAUAUUCGCAAGUAGCGCCUUUGCUGCUUGUUUCGCUGAGGCGUGUACUUUACCAUUGGAUACUGCUAAAGUUAGACUUCAGCUUCAAAAGAAGGCAGUUGAAGGGGAUGGGCUAGGUUUACCUAAAUAUAGGGGAUUAUUAGGUACUGUUGGGACCAUUGCAAAGGAAGAAGGAGUAGCUUCACUAUGGAAGGGUAUCGUACCUGGGUUACAUCGUCAAUGUAUAUACGGAGGUCUUCGGAUUGGGAUGUAUGAACCUGUUAAAAACUUAUAUGUUGGCAAAGAUCAUGUUGGGGAUGUGCCAUUGUCUAAGAAAAUACUUGCUGCACUUACAACUGGUGCGUUGGGCAUUACAGUUGCAAAUCCUACAGAUCUAGUUAAAGUACGUCUUCAAGCUGAAGGGAAAUUGCCAGCAGGCGUGCCAAGGCGUUAUUCUGGAGCUCUAAAUGCUUACUCAACUAUAGUGAAACAGGAAGGAGUUCGAGCUCUGUGGACUGGUCUUGGACCCAAUAUUGGGCGGAAUGCCAUCAUCAAUGCAGCUGAAUUAGCAAGUUAUGAUCAAGUGAAGGAGGCUGUUCUCAGGAUUCCUGGGUUCACAGACAAUGUUGUUACUCAUUUGAUUGCGGGGCUUGGAGCUGGAUUUUUUGCAGUUUGCAUAGGGUCCCCUGUUGAUGUGGUAAAGUCAAGAAUGAUGGGAGAUUCCGCAUACAAAAACACUCUUGAUUGUUUUGUCAAGACAUUGAAGAAUGAUGGGCCUUUGGCUUUCUAUAAAGGCUUUAUCCCAAAUUUUGGACGCUUGGGAUCGUGGAAUGUCAUUAUGUUUCUAACAUUGGAGCAGGCGAAGAAGUUCGUUAAAAAUUUAGAAUCACCUUGAUGUCAAAGAGGGAUGGAUCAUCAAACAGAGGAUUACUAAUUUACAUGAAACAUGGAUUUUCAUUACAAGAUGGAAUCGAACAAAGAUAUUUUUCAAUAUUCCCCUUCUUUUGUUUUUCGCGAAUAAUUCCCAUUGGAGAGAACCCAUAGAAACCAGCUCAGAAGCAUUUAGUUUUUCCAUUUUUUAGGGGACCUUACUCUUACUAUUCUUAGACUGCAAAAUGUUUGUCCUUCCUUCUGGUUGCCAGGGGAUUCUAUUACUGAUUCAUGGAAUUGACUCCAUUUAUAAACAAUGAAGAUUGAACUUGAGCUGUG